UCACGUGGCUCCUGGGUUAGCAGUUCAGGAAAAUCCCAGCCCUUGCACACUCAGCCUCCCACACUCAUCUAUUCACCCACCCUGCCACACUCAGCCUCCGGGACCCACCUUGAACAUUCACCAUCAUACACUCCUUGGCACACUUCUUUCACCCUCCGCUUCUGCCACCUCUCCCUGGGCAAUAUUGCCAGCCUUUCCCUAAUCCCAGAGCUGUAGCCUUGCCCUGUCACUCACCCCAGAAUCCACCAUGUCCCUGGGGCCACUGAAAUUCCAGGCAGUGGGUGAAGAAGAUGAGGAGGAUGAGGAAGAAGAGAGCCUGGACUCUGUGAAGGCUCUGACAGCCAAGCUGCAGCUGCAGACACGGCGGCCCUCAUACCUGGAGUGGACAGCCCGGGUCCAGAGCCAGGCCUGGCGCAGGGCCCAAGCCAGACCUGAGCCCGGGGGACCUGGGGCAAUCUGCGGCUUUGACUCAAUGGAUUCUGCCCUUGAGUGGCUCCGACGGGAGCUGCGGGAGAUGCAGGCUCAGGACCGGCAGCUGGCUGGGCAGCUGUUGCGACUGCGGGCCCAGCUGCAUCGGCUGAAGGUGGACCAAGCCUGUCACCUGCACCAGGAGCUGCUGGACGAGGCGGAGCUGGAGCUGAAGCUGGAGCCGGGGGCUGGCCUGGCCCUGGCCCCGCCGCUGCGGCAUCUGGGCCUCACGCGCAUGAACAUCAGCGCGCGGCGCUUCACCCUCUGCUGAGGGGCACCUGCAUGCCUCCUGGGGCCCGCUACCCCUUCCCUACCCGACUUGGGGAAGGGAGAAAGGAGGGGUGCCCCAGAGGCGCCAGCACCUGGCGGGGGUGGGGGAUGGGGCGGCACUCAGCUCUCUGGGAGCACAAAGUGCUAGCAUCCUGUCCCCACUGCUGGCCCAGCUGGGGGUGUGUGGGAGGAAGGGGAGUUGCUCAUAGAGCCCACGCUCCUCAAUAAACGCCCUUUCUG